UAUCCAAUUUGAGAAUCCAAUCGAGUGGUGCUUUCCUGUGCAAACUCGUCACAGGCACAGCAGACACGCACACAGACAUACAACCAGGACAUCGUCACCUCAAUCUGUUGAACAAAAAUCUUCUUCUCCUGGACAGAAAUGAGAUUUACAUGGAUGGAGAGAGCAAAUGGAGACUUUUUCUAAAGUCUGCUGCUUUUUUUCUUUUCUAAGAAAAAGACACUGGGAGACAUUUUUUUGUUUGCUGGGAGACAUUUGUUUCCUCUAGUUUCAGGAGAGAUCUCAAAAAUGUCAAACUAAAUAUGAUAUCUAUAGGCCUGAUAAAGUCAUGAUUGUAUUGAUCUGGUGAGUAUAAUUAGUCAGUAUAGGGGAAAUGUUAACAUUAUAAUGUCAAAACACCAAAGCUAAGAUUUUGGGCUACAAUUUACAAAUAUACAAUGAAAGUGUGUAUUUCUGAAAUGCUAUUUGUCUGUUUUUCAUCAUUUAAAUGGCCUUCUAGCUUUUCUGCAGUCCUGCGGUGUGUUAUUUUACAGUACAAGUGCACAUGCUUCAAAUAGUCUCUCAUUAUAUGAGUCCAUAACUGUAUUCUACAAAUGGAAAAACUCCAUUCAAUAACUGCAAAACUGCCUGCAAUGUUACAACAGGACACACCAACUUCCCUUUUACAGGGUAAACUUGGGUAAAAUAUUAUAAAAAAGACAACUGGGAGGCACGUACGUGAAUCUGGGCUCAACCCAAUCUGCAUAUAAAUACUCAAGACACUUCUAGUCAUAAUCAUCUGUGAGACAAACAUCUGAUCUGAACAGAUCUUCUCUCUGAUAUCACCUGAUGAACAUCACCUGCAACAAGAUGCUGGUUUUGUUUUUCUGUCUGCUUUCUCUGACAGCAGCGACUGCUAAAGUGGGUCUUAAUGGUAAAGUGCUUCUGUUUCCAACCAAGACUGAUUCAAGCUAUGUUAAACUCACUCCUGAAAAGUCACUGAGUCUAACAGCAUUUACUCUCUGCAUGCGUGUUGCGAUGGAGCCCCAGAGCGGGAGGGAGAUCAUUCUGUUCGCCUACUGCGUAGCCGACUACGACGAGCUCAACGUGUGGAGAGAGAAAGACGGUCGGGUGUCCUUGUAUUUACAUUCUAGUGGCGAUGGAGUAUAUUUCCACCUGCCUCCUCUCUCUAUCUUCCAGACCCACCUCUGCGUCACCUGGGACUCUGCGACUGGUCUAUCUGCCUUUUGGGUGGAUGGAUGGCGCAGUUCCUUCCAGCUCUAUAGAAAAGGUCACUCAGUUCUUUCUGGCGGCACCGUCCUGCUCGGCCAGGAUGCUGAUGCAUGUACAGGGUCUGUAGGGUCCUUUGACGCAGAGCAGAGCUUUGUAGGUGAAAUUUCAGAUGUGAAAAUGUGGGAUUAUGUUCUCCCUGGCAGUCAGAUUAAGGCAGUUUAUUCAAACCAGGAACCGUAUGUGCCGAAGGGAAACGUGUUUGACUGGAACACCAUCAGAUAUGAAACCAGGGGAAAUGUGCUAGAGGCUGAAAAUAACUGAUUCUGAUCAGUUGCAACAUUACACACAUUGUCAUCCACACAGUUGUGUCAGUCUUUAUGAUCUGUUCAUCUGUUUUAAUCAGUUAAAAAGCUGUAAGGGCUAACAGAUACAUUUUUCUCUGCAUUACAA